AUGUGGCGACAAAAGCCCCAACUCGCGAAACUGAACACCAUAAUCGCCGGCCUACUGCUCUUUUCAAGCACAGUUGGCUACGAUGGCUCCCUCAUGAACGGACUCCAAUCCCUGGAGCAAUGGCAAGAAUUCAUGAGCCAUCCCACAGGAGCCUGGCUCGGCUUCAUCAACGCUAUCCAGUUCCUAGGUGUUAUCCUGGGUUUUCCACUGCAGGCCUGGGCAGCCAACCGCUUCGGUCGAAAACCCACUAUCUUCGUCGGAUACUUCUUCCUCGCUAUCGGCGCCGGACUCCAAGCCGGUGCUACGAGCCCGGCCAUGUUCAUUGUUGCUCGGCUGUUUGUGGGACAGGCAAGCGCUUGGUUCCAGGUCGCUGUGAUCCUGGUCACGGAGAUUGCGUAUCCGUCGCAUCGGUCCAAGUUCUCGGCUAGUUAUCAAUGCCAGUACUAUGUUGGCUCUAUCUUUUCUGCUUGGCUUACUUUUGGAUGUCGGGAUCAGGACUCGUCUUGGGCGUGGAGGCUUCCGUCACUGUUGCAGUUGGGUAUUCCGCUGCUGGCGUUGCCCUUUGCUGCUAUGGCUCCUGAGUCGCCUCGAUGGUUGAUUAGUCAAGAUCGACACGAGGAAGCUCGUCAGAUGGUGGUUAGGUAUUACGCUGAGGGCGAUGAGUCGUCGCCAUUCAUCGUGGCUCAGAUGGAUGAGAUGUCCAGUUCCAUUGCUGCAGAAAAAGAAGCCGAGUCUUCCACCAAGUGGACGGAUAUGGUCAAAACAAGCGGCAAUCGGCGCCGUUUCUUCAUAAGUGUCACUUUGGGAAUAUUUGCGCAAUGGAACGGAGUCGGUGUCGUCUCAUACUAUCUCACUCUCAUCCUAGACACCAUUGGAAUCACCUCAGUCAAGGACCAACUAAUGAUAAACGGAUUCCUCCAACUCUGGAACCUGAUCAUGGCAAUCGCAGGCGCAUUGCUAGUGGACCGUGUGGGACGCAGAUCCCUCUUCCUCCUAUCCACAACCAUCAUGCUCGUGAGCUACAUUAUCAUCACAGGCUUAUCUGGCGGCUUCGCAACAACGAAAUCCGCCCCCAUCGGAGUCAGCGUCAUUCCGUUCUUAUUCCUAUACUACGGCGGAUAUGACAUCGCCUUUACUCCACUGCUCCUGGCCUAUCCAGCUGAGAUCUGGCAAUUCUCGUUGCGGGCUAAGGGCGUUGCGUUGACGUCCGCGUGCACGUAUUUUGCGCUUCUGUUUAACUCGUUCGUGAAUCCGAUUGCGUUGAAUGCUAUCCACUGGAAAUAUUACUUUGUUUAUAUCGCUCUGCUUGUUUUGAUCUUCGUGGUUGUUUAUCUGCUGUAUCCGGAAACGAGGGGACAUUCGUUGGAGAAUAUGGCUGCUAUUUUUGAUGAUGAUGAGAACUCGAGUUGGACGGAUGUUCAGUUUGGGAAAAAGAUCAGUGAUCCUGAGGUGGAUCAUAUUGAAUGUCAAGGGAUUGAGCGUGAUGAUCGGUAG